GUAUGAUUGACAUUUGCAACCUUGAUUUUAUAUCUAAUUCAUAAUAUCUAUAAUUAUUUCUCAUGAUUCUUUUGUUUUUAUCACCUGGUCUCAGUAACCAUUUGUAGUGGAUUUUAGAGGAUUCUUGUAGUUGCAACUUUACAAUUUACUUUUGUUACAUUUCAUUGAUUUCUUGAUAUACUGUGUAUAAUGUUCAGUCACCUAUUAUACUGAUUUGUAGUAUUCUAGGUUUAAUCAUUUUAAUCAAAUCAAUCGUUUGUUUGAUGAAGUACACUAAACUUGUUAAUGUAGGUUAUAUAUUUUUAUCGUAGAAGUGAUCAUGCGAAAGUGCUUUUAUUUUUUGUCUUCCGACUAACUUUCAAUUUUUCAGUGUUAGUUACAGUUCAAUAACCAGUAUUAUUGUAGGAUUAAUUCGUGAUUGGAUGAUACUAAACUGGAAGAAUGACACGAAAUCACUUGGAAUGUGCAGUUAAACCGUGAAUAUGUACAGGAAACUCUUCGACUAAUCUCUUACAGGUCGUGCAUAUUAACUAUCGUGUUUUACGUCUUACAUCUUUUGUAACACAGUCUCUUUAUGCUCAUCUACAGAAACAACAGAAAGUAAUUUAAAUUCAGAUGAUGAACAACUUGAAUUUCAUAACAAUAUAUAUCCAAAUUUGAUUGGUCUACCUGGAUGCUUACAAACUGUAUUACAUUCAUUAGCUUCUAUGGUUAUGCCUACUAGACAUUUUAUUAGUAUGAAUACAACAACUAAUGAAAUCAAGUCAUCGAAUUUAACAAGAUUAUCUUCAUUAAAUGAGAAUUUUAAAAUUUAUCACUUAAAAUGUCAUCACACUGAUGGAAGUGCAUAUAAUACAGAUGUAAACUAUUCAAGUUGUACUGAGUCUUCAAGUAUAUUAGAUGAUGUUUCAAAUGGUUAUUACUCAGAUAAUUAUCUUAUUGAAGCAGCUAAAAAACUGAAGAAGUCUCAUAUGAUAAAUAAUCAUUGGCCAACUGUAAAAUAUAAUCAGCAUCAAUCUAGUCAAAUCUCUUUACUUUCAGGUAAAUGUAUUUCCACAUACAUUUUAAUAUUGUCUUUCUUAAAAUUUCGAUCGACUAUUAUGGGAUAUUUAUUAAUUUGUAAUAGUUUUUUUUAAACUAACCUUAUCAUGAUCAUUAACGUCAUGGUUAAUUUAUAGAAUUUCAACUUAAGAUUUUACAUUCUAGUGUGCUCAUGUUUUAUCAGUAAUUGUAUAGAAUCUUCAUUAAAUUUGUAACGAGCUUUAGGAAUUUUAGUUAUCUGAUUAUCAAUAUCUGUGAAGCAACGUUCUUAAUAUUACUCUCAAGAAUAUCAUAUAUAUUAACGGUGAACCUAUGGAAAACAGGCGUAUCAAUAUAAUAGUUAGUUAAUUUAAUCCAAUAACCAAUUAUGGGUUAAUAUCUACUCGGCUAUGGGCUAUAUCUUUCGCAUGUUCAUUAAUGAAUGAUUCUAUCUAGUGGAGGAGAUUGUGUGAAUUUUAAUUUCAGUGGUUGAAAUACAAGUCUCGUAACUAGUAUUCUUACGGUCUUAAAAUAACUUAAUGCGUUCAAAAUGGUUUCGUUUAUUAACCUCUAUAAAUUGACAUAUUUUUUGUCGUAUUCAGUGCUCACUGUUGAUUAGUAUCAGUGCUGAAAAUGAGUUACUUAAGCGUUAUUAUAUUUCUUCUUAUGUCGCUGAAUCUCUUACUGGUCUUUUAUAGGUAGUGUUUUAAGCAUUAUAAUAUUAUUCUUAUCUAUUUUUGCAGUAUAUAAUGAGUAUAAGGGUGAGUCAGUGUUUACUAGCAGUUUGGUUUUUAUUUUCUCUCUUUUUAGGAGGACAAAUGAUCGGGACAGUGUAUUCGUAACUUAAGAAGGUCUUCUUACCAUCGCUGAUACUUUCACACAAUUUCAUCCUACUAAUUCUACCAUUGUUGUAACAAACAACUUUGGGCUGUUCUAUACUCUCUAGUAAACAAGAAAUAAUAAUCACAGGCUUUCAUCAAUUUCCUGUUGGUGAAAGCCUGUCAUAUAGAAGCAAUGUUGAUAUGGUGGAGAAGAUUUGUAGCUCAGAAGGAUGAUUUUGUUGGAAUUGCGUUGUCUGACCUCAGAAGACGCAAUUGCAAUAAAAGAAGUAAUGUUGGAUAAAGAACUAAGCAGUUUAAAAUGGUAGUACAAUAAGCAUAUUACCAAUUAAAAAGUAAUUUCUUGAUCUCCACUAUUAAUAACAAAUUCUUAACAUUAUAUUCUUCUGAUAAACUGUCGACAAAUUCCAAAUAGGUCAUAAAUCAAUUUUGUUGUUACUUUUAGCAGAUAAACGAUAAUGAACUUAUGUUUAAUUAUGUAUGGAUGAGACGAAUCAUGAAACAAUUUACAUAAUAGAUAGUAAAUCACAUAAUUUUAAUAACUAAUUUAUGCGAUCAGUAUAUUCAACUUAAUCUAUAAACACAAUUUAAAUCAUCAUUUGUCUCGGAAAAUUUAUCCAAUAGAGACAAACGUAGAAAGUUUCUUUUCAGAAAAAUUCAUAAUAAUUUAUUGAUUACUUUGUAGAUACAUAGUUAGAGAGCUAAGGAGUUCAUUGAAGUACUGAUGUAAAUCAUGGAGUCUACAUCUAAAUUUCAUACUACGAAAGUAAAUAUUAGUGAAUUUUAUUAUGUCACUGGUCAUUCUAUCAUUGUUUAUUUGAAUACUCCAAUUUUCUAAUCAUUUACUUCUGCCAUCCCAUUCUUUAUAAUUUCCUUAUUAUUAUGUUUUUUCUCACUUGUUUCAAAAAGAAAAGAUAGUCUAAUCACCUUGGUAUGAGUAAAACAAUCCAAUAAAUACAUCAUUUGUAUACAUUUUCAAAGAUUUUUUCACCAAUUAUUUUUUUCUAAGCAUAAGUGUUAAUUAUGUGCUAUAUGUAUUUUUUCUUAAUUUUUCCCAAAAUUAUCACUUCCUAGAUGGACAUUCAAAGUUAAAGUCAGCAUAUAUUCAUCAUGUCAACCAUCAUCACCAUGGUAAAUGUCACCAUAAACUUGGUUUGACGAAUGUUUAUGCAGGUUUAAAAUCUAAUAAGGUUGGUGAUACUUCUACAGUUUCCUUGAAUCUACCUCAAUCUCAUAAUAACAAUUAUAAGUUGUGUCUAAAGUCAAAGAAUAUCAUCAGUAAUAAUGAUAAUAAUAAUAAUAAUACUAACAAUCUGUCAGAUACUGUAUCAAUAUCUCAAGAUAUUAAAAGUUGUAAUUUAUUAGAACGUUUUUACAAUUUGUACACUAAUUUCCAUUCAAAACUAACAGAAGAUAAUUUCUAUUACAUGGAUGAAAAAUCGUUAGAACGACGAGUUCGUGCACAAGCAUCAAAUAUAAUUUCACCUGUAUCAUUUUAACAAUACAUUAUGUCUAUGUAGAUCAAUGAUGUUAUCUGAAAAGAAUUCGAUUAAUUCUUAAGUAAUAGUAUUUGUUAUGCAUCGUAAAUUAUGAUUGAAACACUUUUCUUUCAUAAUAAUGUAACAUGUUUUGCACUUUUUUCUUUCAAAUCUUAACAAAUUGACACUUGAAAAGAGAGUUCAUUUAAAAUAUAUGUGUGUAUCACCUAAAAACUAAUAAUGUUUAUCUUAUUUUGACACUGUAUCUUUGAUUUUACAGUUGGCCAUCAACAAUAUAUAUACUAUUUUUUUGUUACUUAACAGCUGAUAUCCCAAUUCAAGUGUUUAUCCGUGUUUCUCUCUCUCUCUCUCUCUCGAUGUUUUUUUUUCACUUUUUAUGUAAGCUCAUUUAUAUUUUGCCUGUUUUUCUUGGCUGUGGCUUUACUAUUUGCUAUCCACUAUAUUGAUGUAUAUAAAUUCGUAUAUAAGACUACGAGAGAGAAUUUGUGUGAUCGAGUGUUGUUAAGUGUUGAUGUUCUAUUUUUCUUUCCUUUACGCACAUUUAUAUUUGUUUAAAUUGUACUUUUGUAAAUAUAUAGCACUGAUAUGUCUUGUUUUCUAAUUUAAAAAGAUAGCUUUUGUAUUUGACGGAGUAAAUCUUCACCUUUAUGCUGUGGUGAAUCUCA